CAUAAAUUUGCCAAGUAACUCCUGUCAGAAAACGAACUACCACUCUACAAGCUGCGAUUCAUAAAGGAUAGUGAAGUGAAAUUGGAGCCAGGGUGAUUUCUUUCCCGAGGGAGCGGAUCAGAUGAAGCUUUUGUCGUCCUUGAUCUUAUUAUUGCUGCCGUGCCUAACUCGGCCCAACUUUCAGCGGACACCUGUCUACUUUGGAGGCUUCUUUCCUCUAAGUCCUAACAAAGCUUCAGUACCAGGACGGGCACUUCUGGCCGCAGCAGAAGUGGCACUAGAUCACGUGAACAAGUCUGAUAUAUUACGCGGUUAUGAGCUGCGCAUGAUUGUCAAAGACUCAAAGUGUGACCCUGCUUACACCGCCAACAUGUUCAUGGAUUUGCUGUCAGAGCAGCCAAACUGCUUGAUGACAUUUGGAGGAGCGUGCUCGGAUGUCACUGAAAUAUUAGCAAAGAUGUCAGCAUACAGGCAUUUGGCACAGAUAUCUUAUGCCUCCAGAUCGCUGGCCUUAUCAAAUCGUGAGGAGUUUCCCACUUUGUUUCGCGCUCUUCCGUCCGAGUCCGCGCGGAACCUGGCUCGAGUGGCUUGGAUAAAACACUUCGGCUGGGAGAGGAUUGCUACCAUGUUUGAAAAGACAAGCGCUGAUCUGGCAUCACAAUCCAAUAGUCAGGUCAUCAGGGAAUUGAAGGAGAUAAAUCGAACAAUUCUUCAGUCUGAAGAAAUCACAGGACAGCACAUUGAGCUUGACAUAGUAAAUCUUGUGAAAAACGACGCCAGAAUCAUUGUCGGAACAUUUUAUGAGGCCAAGGCGCGGCGCGUCUUCUGUCAGGCUUACAAGUCAGACCUGUAUGGAGCACGCUAUGUCUGGAUUCUGAUUGGUACUUAUUCUCACCGCUGGUGGUCAGUCCCAGACCCCUCCCUGCUCUGCACUAAAGAUGAGAUGAGGAAAGCUGUGGCCUACACUUUUAUUUUUAAUAACCAGAUAUUCGUGAGUGAAGACAAAAAAGAAGCACAGAGUAAAACUCUCUCGGGAUUGACAACCGCCCAAUUCUACAAACAAUACAGAGAUGUUUUACAGAAGCUGAACGUGUCUUCCGCGCCUAACAUCACUGCCUACACAUAUGAUGCACUGUGGACGGUGGCUGUCGCACUGAAUAAAUCCAUUCCUAAACUGGAAAAAAUGGGUCUGGGGUUACAAGACUUUUACAAAAAUAAAACUGAAAUGACAAAGUUAUUUGUACGAACACUUCAAGAUAUUCACUUCCUUGGGGUAACGGGAGAAGUUGCUUUUUUCUCUGAUGGUGACCGAUAUGAUGGUUUGGUGGAAAUACUUCAGCAACAUCCAGAUGGUCAUGCUGUACGUGUCGGUUGUUAUGACGCAUUCGCCAAAAAACUACAACUGGUGGGAAAGGGAAAUCUGUGGCCAGACGGUAAAAUUCCUCUUGACAAAACUAUCACCGUCACAGAAUUUGUGCAAAUUCCCGUGUGGUUAAUCGUAUUAAAAAGUGUACUGAGCUCUCUGGGAAUUGUAUUGGCGCUGUUUUUUCUGGGCUUUAAUUUGCGCUACCGCAAAAAAAGGUAUAUAAAACUGUCGAGUCCAAACCUCAAUAAUGUCAUAUUGCUUGGUGGCAUUCUAAUGUACAUAACAGUGUUUUUGUACGGGUUUGAUGGAAGACUUUCGCCCCUUUCUUAUACCUACGUUUGUAGAGCACGAUUCUGUUUGCUCUCUCUUGGAUUUACCGUAGGAUUUGGUGCCAUGUUCUCCAAAACUUGGCGUGUCCACCAGAUUUUCACGAACAUCAAGAAAAUCAGAAAGGUAGUCCGUGAUUCCGACCUGUUCCGCUUGUUAGGAGCGCUAGUGUUUGUAGAUGUUCUGUUACUUGCCACCUGGAUGUCUUUGCAUCCACCAAAUAGGAAAGUAAUCGUGAAUGAAGGAGCUCAGAUUUCUUACGAUCGCGAUCACAAGACUGUUCUCUGCCGUGAGGAAUGCGAGGGGCCCCAUUUCACAGUGUGGAUUAUUGUGUUCUAUACUUUUCACAGCCUUCAGCUCAUCUUCGGUUUGUUCCUUGCAUUUGAAACACGCAAAGUUUCGAUUCCAGCACUGAAUGAUUCUCGUUUCAUCGGUAUCAGCGUGUAUAAUGUGGUCCUGCUUUGCGCGGUUGGUGUUCCUGUGUCUUUCUUCACGAACAGUCAUCCCACUGUCAGCUUUUCACUUAUUUGUGCCGUCAUUUUGUUCUGCACCACGCUGACACUCGGAAUUCUGUUUGUACCUAAGGUUAUCCAAAUAUACAAGGACCCGGAUGGGAAUCCAUUGAGGCGAGGUGGCAAACAGUCCAGUGCUUUUUCUCGUGGUACACCAUUUACGCGGUCUUUGGAAGCUAUACAGAAUCACGCCAUGAUAGAGGAAGAGAACAAGGAGUUAAGAAAGCAAGUUGAGGAGGCGAAGUCCAUGUUGUCAACGCAAAAUGAUGAACAGCAACAAGCCAAUGCUGGAGAUGAACUUGAAGAGAAUGGUGCGAGAUCAGACACUGCGGAGGGAACGUGCUAGAUCUCGAGAUAAAGAAACAGAGGAACUGCACGCUCUCUUUGGUUGCCUCCCACAGAAGGCGCACCAAGGCGGAUCGAACUUUAAGAGGUUUUCAUAUGAAACAGUCGAGGAUUCUUGGAAAGCGCAAGAACAGGGUGAUGACGGUAUUUUGCAGACGGAAGAAACGAAUUAAAUGUAGGACUGAGAAAAUAGAUGACUCUCUUCGGGAGCUUUUAUGUUUCGUUUGGAAGUUGUCAUUAGAAAGAAAGUCGGGAGACUGCUUUUAUGUCAACAAGAGAGAGAAAUUCGUUUUCUCUUCUACAUGUGCUAUUAUCUGUUCGAGUAACAAUGAAAGAAUGCCGAUAUCAUUUUCCAUCAUUAUCCUACAUCGUAUCGCAUGGUAUUUUUUAAAUUCAUCAAAGAGCAUCUCCGACAUUUCUUUGCCAGAUAUCAUAAAGAUAUCCCGUUUCCCAUUUACCGUUUUCUUUUCUAAUAGAAUUACGGUGAAAUUAAGCUCAUUUUGUAAUACCUAAAAAAAAACUUAAAAUUUCCUUAAUGUUAACGUCUAGUGCAACAGACACCUGAUUGUCUGUUGUUAGUCCAAAAUUGUCCUUCACGCCGGAACCGGCCAAUCAGAGAGACACUAAUUGAAUGCGACACUGCACUUGGUCACUGCAUUUGUUUUCCUUUGCUUCUUUUCAAACGCAAGUAGUAAUGUUUUAAAGAAUAAUUUGCUCUAUUUUCCAGGCAACAUCAAAGUGCCUGUCUAUCAAAUUAUGUGAUGAAGCUAGCAGAAGAAAGCGAUAUUUUAAUACAAUUGUGUCGAAGAAGUGUG